AUGCCGGUGGCGGGUGGCGACAACAGAACUCCGGCGGGAGCCACCGACGACACCGAGACCUCUUCCGACCUAGCAAAACUCGACCGACGAGACCUGCUCCUCGGAGCCAGUGGCCUAUCCGGUGCUGCUGCGGCCCACCUUCUCUCCCGCGGUCCCCCGGCCCUCGCCUCUCCCAUCACAUCUCCCGACCUCUCCAAGUGCUCCACCGGCACUAACCUCAACACCCAACAGCCCCUCGACAUAAGUUGCUGCCUCCCUAAUUCCUCUGACGUCUCCGACUUCAAGCUCCCGCCGGUCACCAAAAUGCGCGUCCGACCCGCAGCCCACCUCGCCGGGAAGGACUACUUCGCGAAGUACGAAAAAGCCCUUUCGCUCAUGAAGGCUUUACCGGACGACGAUCCGCGGAGCUUCACGCAACAGGCCAACAUCCACUGUGCCUACUGCAACCUCAUCUACCCUCAGACGGGCGGGGCCCCGGACUCGAAGCUCCAGAUCCACAACUGCUGGCACUUCUAUCCCUGGCACAGAUGGUACCUUUAUUUCUACGAGAGGAUCCUCGGGAAAUUGAUUGACGACCCAACAUUCGCGAUCCCGUUUUGGAACUGGGACCACCCGGACGGCAUGAUCAUGCCGGAGGAAUUCGCGCGUAAAGGGUCCCCCCUUUUCGACGCGCGCCGCAACCAGAAACACCUGCCGCCAGCACUUGCUGACCUGGCGUACUCCGCCAGGUCAGCCACGAGGCCCGACAAGAUCGUCUCCAACAACCUCACCGUCAUGUACACCGAGAUGGACACGCCGACAGGGGAGGACAUGGGGAACUUCUACUCCACGGGUCGGGAGCCGCUCUUCUAUAGCCACCACGCCAACAUCGACCGCCUCUGGUCCGUGUGGCGCGGCCUGCAGAAGGGGAAGUCCGGGAAGUCCUCCAUGGACUUCCCGAACGACCCCGACUGGCUCCGGGCAGACUAUCUUUUCUACGACGAGGAGGGGCGGCUCGUGCGCGUGAACAACGCCGACACGCUGGAGACCGAGCGGAUGGGUUACAUGUACCAGGAUGUGGCCCUCCCGUGGCUGAAGAACAGGCCGAGGCCGCGCAACAAGAAGUCGAAGGCGGCGGCAUCCGCCGGAGCUCCGGCGGCGGCGGGGGUUUUCCCGGUGACACUUGACAAGGUAGUGAAGGUACUCGUGGACAGGCCGAAGAGGUCGAGGAGCAAGAAGGAGAAGGAGGAGGAGGAAGAGCUGCUGGUGAUCGAGGGGAUUGAGGUGGACACGGCUAGGUUCGUGAAGUUCGAUGUUUUCGUGAACGACGAGGAUGACAAGCCGGACGAGCUGGACAAGGCGGAGUACGCGGGUUGCUACGCGCAGGUCCCGCACAAGAACUCGAUGAAGGUUAAGACUAAAAUUAGGCUGGGUUUGACGGAGCUGCUGGAGGAUUUGGACGUGGAGGAUGACGACAAAAUAAUGGUGACGUUGGUGCCCAAGGCCGGGGGUGAGGACAUCACCAUUGGCGGUAUCAAAAUAAUUUAUGCCUCUUAA